AUGAGCUCUGCGGAGAACAAGUACGACUUUAUUGUCGUUGGAAGUGGCCCAGCUGGCUGUGCUCUAGCUGCAGGUCUCGCGAAAUCCGCCCAAAGACCCCAAGUCCUCCUCCUCGAAGCCGGCGGCCGCAAUGAUGACCGACGCCUUCGCGUGGACGGAAAGCGCUGGACAACCUUCAUGGAAGAGCAGGACCUAAACUGGGGCUACAAGACCACACCGCAGGAGCACUGCAACGGCCGAGAAUUGGACUACUCCCGCGGCAAGGGACUGGGAGGCGGAUCAGCGAUCAACUUCGGCUUGUUCACUGUCGGCGCAAAGGACGACUAUGACGAGUGGGCUGCCGGAGUCGAUGAUGAGACCUUUGGCUGGAAGCAGAUGCAGAGACGCUUCAAGAAUCUGGAGACAUUCAAUGGUCACAUUGUUCGUCCUGAGCAUCGGAAGUAUGCUGCCGCCGCUGAGGCAGACCAUGGACACACUGGUGGUUUGCGUAUUGGAUAUGCGGAGAACUGGGAGAAGGAUUUGUCGACGGUUCUAGAUGCCUUUGAGGAGGCUGGAUUCGAGCGCAAUGCCGAUCAUAACUCCGGCAACCCGCUUGGUAUGGCGCUGAGUAUCAACUCUGCUGGACAGGGCAAGCGCACUACUGCUGCUGAUUUGCUCGUUGGUGCGUCGGACAAUCUGGCCAUUGUCACGGACAGCCCUGUGCAGCGGGUGAUUUUAGAUGGCAAGAGGACAGUCGGUGUUGAGACCAGCAACAAGAAGUACUUCGCAUCCAAGGAAGUCAUCCUCUCCGCUGGAUCCCUCGACACCCCCAAAAUCCUAAUGCACUCCGGAAUCGGCCCAGCAUCAGACCUAACCAAAUACAACAUCCCCGUAAUCCACGACCAGCCCGCCCUAGGCAAAGGCCUGCGAGACCACUACUUCGCGCCCCUAAUCCUAGCCCGCAAACCAGAAACCACCGACCGAAACGCCUUCUUCAAGGACCCGUCCGCAAUGGAAAGCGCCAUGAAGCAAUGGGAAGAAUCAAACACAGGCCAAUGGACCCGCUACGGCUGCCAACUCGGAGCCGGCUGGUUCAAAUCCGACAAGAUCACCUCGUCGGCCGAAUUCAAAGCCCUACCAACCGAUGUCCAGGAGUUCAUGAACCGCGCCACAAUCCCCCACUACGAAAUGCUCACCCACCUGCCCAUGCACUUCUUCGCGCCGGAUAUGUUCAAAGAAGAUUACAGCUACGUCGGCUUGGCCGCGUUCAUGAUGAACGAACAGUCCCGCGGCGAGGUAACGCUCAACUCGUCAGACCCGCACGCACCGCUGCUGUUCAACCCGCGGUUCCUGGAAGACCCCUUCGACCGCCGCGCGUGCAUUGAGAUGUAUCGGCACCUGCUGGAGGUAUCCCGGACGCCGGCGUUCGCGAAGGAUACGGUGUCGACGCUGAUUGGGCCGGCGUCGGAGUCUGAUGAGGAUAUUUUGACCUUCUGGAAGGACUUCUUGUCGUCAUCUUGGCAUAUGACUGGCACGGCUAAGAUGGGCAGGGUCGGGGAGAAGGAAGCUGUUGUUGAUCGCGGCUUUAGGGUUAUUGGGUUGCAGGGAUUGCGCAUUGCUGAUAUGAGCGUUGUGCCUGUUUUGACUAACAACCAUACCCAGGCUACGGCUUAUGUUACUGGGGCUACGGCUGCUGAUGUUCUGAUUAGGGAGUAUGGGCUUGAUGAGCGGGUUACGGCGAAGUUAUAG